AUGAGAUAUCGCUUAUGACAGUCCGUUAGGCAAGGACAACCAGUUUUUUAUGGUGAAGGCCGAUAACAGUUAUGUGUAAUUAUUAUUAAGGAUUUAGGUUUCAGGAUAAUACUGUAUAAAACGAUGUACUUUUAAUAUUCCAUGGUGCCAUCACACUCAUCACAGUCUACAGAUGAAUUAAAGAAAAUAUGGAUCAUUACCUUGGUAACGAGUGAAGUCAAAUAUUAUUUUAUUACUAAAAAAUAUCGUUUAUUUAACAACAUUAAUAACGAUGUUGAAAAAAAAAGUAUAUUAAAACCAGCCAAUUAUAUAAUAUACCUAGGUAUUAUUUAGGUAUUUCCUUUACUAUUAAUUGGAAAAUAUUGAAUAAUUUUCAGUUUCGCUAUAGUUUUUUUUUGUGAUUGUGGUGGGACUAGAUCGUUUUUGGAAUUGUCAUCAAAUUAUUUCUGGUCACACUGGCCACUCGUGAAAACACUGCCAUAAUCAUAUGAUGAUUUUAUUGUCAAAGCUUUGGCUGUUUGAAGAAAUGUUUUCAAUAGUAACAAUUAUCACUAAUCAGCUGGUAUUGAAAGUUUUAUAAUUAUUUGUGUCAUUUGUAUUUUACUUUUUUGUUCCAUAAAAAUUAAUAUAUUUUACAAAAAUUAUAAAUUUAUUGUUCGUGUUGACAAAUCAAUUGUAAUUUUACUUACAACAUGGCUCUAUAUUUAAGAAGGUAAUAUAACAUUAUUAAUUUGUUUAUUUGAUAUUGCUUGAUUUUUUUUAACUUUACAAAAUGUUACGAAGUUUAAAUGACAUAAAAAGCAAUAGCAUUGAUAUCUGUUUUCAAGUUGUAAAUAUUUUGUUAAAACUUAUCAAUGAUAUAAUAAACCAUCCAAAUCAACCGAAUUUCAGAAGAAUUUAUCUGGAUAGUGAUUUAGUUAAAAAUAAUCUUCUGCCAUUUGCUGGUACAAUGGAAUUUCUUUUUGAAGUUGGAUUUGUUGAUGAUGGAGAUUCAUUAGUAUUACCUCAUUUUAUAACAUUGAAUAUAUUGAAUAGUUAUAAACAAGAACUUUCAAACAUAAUACCUGAAGUUAAAAAAAUUAAACCAAUUACUAAAAAUAAUUUCUUAAAAGAAAUCAGUUCAACAUCAUUAGCUGUACUUAACUUUGAAGAUCAAAAUUUGCAAAGAAUAGCAUUAGAGAAUUUACCUUCAGAAGAUAUCAAGUUGUUUUCAAAUUUGAGCAGAAGUAAUACUGAUUUAUUGUACCAUGAAAAUAUGAUGUUAAAAUUGAUGAAAUGGUUUAAAGAAUCAUUUUUUAAAUGGUUUGAUAAACCUACAUGUGAAUACUGCUGUAGUUCAACAAAAUUUAUAGGAAUAAAUCAUGAUAUGACUGAAAAAAAUGUUAAGUAUGCAGAAAUCUAUGAAUGCGAAAACUGUAAUUUAACCACAGAUUUUAAAAGAUAUAGUAUGUGUGAACAACUUUUAAGUACCCGUAAAGGUAGAUGUGGUGAAUGGGCCAAUUGUUUCACACUUUUUUGUCGGGCACUUGGUUGGGAGGCAAGAUUGGUUGUUGAUAAAACUGAUCAUGUGUGGACCGAAGUGUGGUCAAUUUCACAAAACCGUUGGAUUCAUUGUGAUCCAUGUGAAACUGCUUUAGAUAAGCCAUUAUUAUAUGAAAAAGGAUGGGGGAAGAAAUUGUCAUAUAUUCUAGCUUAUUCUAAUGAAGAAGUUCAAGAUGUCACUUGGCGUUAUACUGAAGAUAGUAACAUUGUUUUAAAAAGAAGAACACUUUGUAAAGAAAGUGAGUUGUUGAGUACUAUUUUGAGUCUAUCAGAUCAGAAGACUAAUAAUGUAUCAUUGUUAAGACGUAAAUAUCUUGCCAAAAGACGCUUAAACGAGUGUAUUGAAUUGUUAUAUCAACCUAAAAGUACUAACGGUGAAAACUAUGGUGGUAGAACAUCCGGAAGUCUUGCAUGGAAAUUAGCUCGAGGAGAAGUUCAAUAUAAACUAUUUAUUUGGACUCCUACUGAAACUGAAAUAAUGAAUAAAAAAUUUGAAUUAAAAUAUUCUACCGCUAUGGAUAAGUAUAUCCAUGACAAUAUUAUUCAUGAAGGUUGGCAAAAUGGUGUUUACAAUUACAGUUCAUUAUUCCGUAAAGAAGAAUUAGAUUGGAAAAUAGUUUAUUUAUGUAGAGAAGAAAACUGUAAAAGAUCAACAAUAGAAUGGCGGUUUGACUUUUCUUCUUCUGGUUUAGUUAUACAAGAUAUUAAAUUGAUAUAUACAACAGCUUUAUUUAACAGUGGUCAAGUUGAAUGGAAGAUAUUUGGAAAUGAUAGGUCUUUGAAUUUACCUGUUAUUGAACAUAUCAAAGAAAUCAUUAUUGAUAAAAUGAAUGGUAGUAAUUCUAUAACAUUAAGUGCAUCUUUAUUUGGAGGAUCUGGUGAAGUAGCUUGGCAACACUCCCAGAUAUUUCGACAGUCAAUUGAUGACCAAGAAUAUCCAUUUCAGAUUUCAUUUGUUUUAAAAAACAAAGAAUUAUGAAACAUAUUAUAUCAUUAAUACCUAUUUCAUUAUAUUAUUUAUAUAAUAUAUAUAUUUUAUUUUAAUAAAAGAAAUUACUAUAUUUAUUAGUUAAUAUUUAGUACAAUUAGGUUUUUUUUUUUUUUUUUCAUUAGUUUUCAACCUAUAAAUAUUCUUUUUAGCUAUAUUAGUUUAACUAAAAUGUACUGUACAAUAAUUUUUCAGUAUUUCUAGCAGUUUUUCACAUUGUUUUUUUUCUAAUGUAUGUAAUUACCUCGUUACUUCAUUUCAAAAACAAACCUUAGUUGUUUUUUUUAAAUUGUAAUGGUCUAUUGUUUUUUUUAGUUUAGGUAUGAAUUAAAUUACCAUGUAUCCUAUAAAUAUUAAAUAAUACAUAUACAAUACAUGUGUGUGUAUCAAUAUACUUAAAAAAUAAAUAUUACAUUUAUUGACCAAUUAUAAAUUGUAAUUAUUUAUUAAAAUUUGAUUUUUUUUUUUUUUAAUAUUUCAGUAUGCAUGGGUUAUGCAUGGUUAGACAAACAAUAUCUAUCCAAAAUCAUACAAUGUAAGUCAUAAUAUGAUUAUAACUAAUUAUUUUAAUAAAUAUUUUAGUUUCAAAAUAAUAGUUAAAUAAUAAUAUGUACCUACAGUAAUUUUGUAUUAUUAUUUACAGGUUAAUAAACUACAUAAUUACUUAAAAUAUUCCCAGUCUAAUAAACCCAUUUUUAUAAAUUUGGAAAAAAAGUAAAAUUUGUAACCUUUAAAAUCUUAAUAACUAUUUUUUCUCAUCAAAACACAUCUUCCCAUUGUACAAGUUAAGAACCGCUGAUCUAAUAAAUAAUAUAAUACUAUCAUUGAAAAUGUUGAUUUAAAAAAUAUUAGUAUUUAGUACCUACCUACUCACAAUUUAAUUAGAACAUAGAAAGAACUUAGUUAAAUAGGGUACAUAAUAUUUCUUGCAUAUAUAUAUAUAUUAUAGUUAAAAUAACAUUUUUUUUUAAUAUAUCUAUUUACUAGAACGCUCUGUCUUUGAUCACCUACCUCAUUAACUUUUACAUAAUUUGUUGCAGUAAGUAAUAUGGAUAUUUUUGUCGUAUGCAGUCUACUAUUAAUUGUAAAGAAAAAAUGUAAAAACAAAUUUUCUUUCUAUUUUAUUCAGACUUAAAACUGACAAUUUAUGUAUUUUAUUUAGUUGGUGUGGUUAAAAUUUAUUUUUUUGAUUUGUAAAAUAUAUUAUAUUUAUAUUUCUAACUUUUAUUACUUUGUCUUCUAAAAUAUCAAUCUUAAUUUAAUGGAUGCACAAAGUUUUAAGAAUAAUUCAUAGUCUUAUGUAUGUAUCAUUUUAAAUCCAAUAUCUUAAUGCAAGACAUUUAUCCGAAUGGAUUUCAGUUCCAAUUUCAAUUUCUUGUUCAAUAAUUGCAUGUAAUAUUUUCCUGUCUAUUUUUUCUACCCCAAAAUAUCUUGUCUCAAUAACUCCAUUUUCGUCUUGGAUUCAUACCAAUAGAACCCAUGGAUAUACAUUUACAUUUGACGGUAGAUAGAAAAAAAAACCAGAAGAGUGUAAUAAUUAUGGAAUUAAUAGAUAUAGUACAUAAAGUAUAGUGUCUAAAUUAUAAAAGAUCCUAAUUAAUCACAGAAUAUGUGUUAUAUUUAAUGAGAAAUACCUACAUUUUUAUUUAAAACAGUAAUAUAUUAUAAUGAUAACAAAGUUAAAGUUGCUUUCCGUUCUACAAUGAUUCUAAAAAUUGAAAAUUAUUAAUUCUCACUCACACAAAUAAAAUAGUCAUUUGUCAUUCAUCUAUUUUGUGGUACAAAUUAAAAGUAAUUCUAGUUGUGAAAAGAAUAUUAUAAGUCUAUGCUUGUAAUAUUGUUUUAUAGUUUAUACACUACAAAUGCGUUUAUAUAGUAAACAUUUUUUUUAAAUUCAAUUUUAACUAUUUAUUUUACUUUUUUUAAAUAAAAUAGCAAUCGUAUGAUAACUAUGCAAGUAAAAAGCGCCCAGGAAGUUGAAUAUAGAGUAGGUGAAACUCAUGAUGAAAAAAAUGGUCGCCUUCAAAGACCUAUGUCUCCUCAUUUGUCUAUUUAUAAACCUCAGUUAACAACAAUAUUAUCUAUUACACAUCGAGGAACUGGAGUUGCAUUAAGUGGUUUCACAGCUGGAUUAGGAGCAUGUAAGUUAUUAAAAGUUAAAUUUUACAAUUAUUUUUAUUUCUUUAAUUAAGAAGUACCUAAAUAAAAUUGUUAUCAAAAUUAUUAUUAGUCUUAAAAGGGAUUUUUAAAUAAUUUGAAUUAUUCAAAAUUUUAGCAAAUUUGUUUGACAUAUUUUUUCUUUAUUAUGUUUGUGAAUUUUUUUAAUAAUAUUUUAAUAGAAAUUAUUUCUAUAGGCUAUAUUAUAGAUAAUAUUGUGGCUCGUAUUGAUAAUUAUGUUUAAUGGAAUACAUUCAAACCAAUAUUCAAUAGAAUAUUGAAUUAAAAAAUUAUAUUUUGUAAGAAUAAGGGCGAUUAGAAUCAUUAAGUAUUACAGAAACAGCUUAUGUGAGUUUCCAGUAAAUACUAAAAUUAAAGUUAUUGUUUAUUAUGGAAACUAUAAUAUCUAAGAAAUUGAAUUUAUUAUUAAUUUGUAUUUAGAGUGUAAAUUGAAUGUUUUUAUUUAUUUUGCUUAAGUAAACAUUAAAGUAAUUAUAUUUUCUAUUAUUAUGUCUAUAACAUAGGUCAUAGAGUAAUAUCACAAAUUAAGAUACACAGAAAUAUAGGAUAAGAGACAGAAAGGUUUCAUCAAUGUUUUGAUGUCUAGCACUUUAAGAAAAUAUUGAUACAAAAAUCAACUAAAACCAUGAAAUUAAUUUGGUUUAAUGUUUUUUGUUACCAAGGUAAUUCAAUUACAAUUAAUACAUUAAACAGUAAUGUGAUGAAUGUAAUUGUUUUGAUACCAGUGGUGAACGCAGGAUGGGGGAAUUUGGAGGGCUUAAACACCUCCCGAACUAUCAGGAACAAAAAAUUAAAUUACCUGACCAGCAAAUACUAAUAAAAAAUUUAAAACAAAUGAUUAGUUAUUUAUUAAUAAUAAUAAUAAUUAGUAAUUAUUAGUUAUUUAACCUUUAAGCAGGCGCACAUUUUAACGUUACAUGCGCAAAUGCUCGGCUGUUUUUACACCGCACUCAUUUAGCGUCGCUUUUAAAGCAUUUGAAUGCUUGUAUGCAUAAACCUCAUAGUUUUUUUAAAUAAAUAAUGUUAAUUUCACGUUUAUUUAGAAUAAAAAAAUUAUUGAUCGUGUUUGAAUGAUGUUGAAGUAUCACAGUUAUUGCUUAUAAAUGCAAAAAAUAUUAAACAAAUAAAUUCAAAACUAGUAUUUUAUUUUCUAUAACAUACUUUUUUAACACAAAAAAUUAUAUUAACAUUAUUUUCUUACAAUUUUGAGUUCAUUAAACUAUAAAUUGUAUCAUUAAAAUAACACAAACAACAAAAGAAUCGCAGAAACUUGUACAACGUUUUCAACUUUGAAACUAAAUUACAGCUGGCCUGAACACGUUAAAACUUUAACGACUGCACUAUCUGUUGUCUAAACAAGUAAUUAGAGAAUAUCUAACGUUUAAGGUUAGCUGCAUGAAAUUAUAACCGAAUGGGCGUGAAUUUUUCAAAUGUGCAGUGUAAAUACUGCCGGCUCGAAGGUUAAAAGUUUUUGGGGGGUUUUUAAAUUGAUGUAUACAAUAAAAUGAUCAUUAUACUGUUAUGAUGACAUAAUAUUAAACUCAAAUACGGAAAUUCAAAAUGAGAUCAAUUUUAAAUUAAAUUAAAUCCACAAAAAUAAUCAUAAAACAAAGUGACGCGAAGUUGGUUACAUUUGAUCGUGGUGGACUCGUUUGAUUAGAUGAUGUUUCAGGCGGCGUUAUACAUAGUCUGAGGGACCCCCUCAACCCGUUGUUCAUAGUCGUGGCUAUCAUCAUUAUCUACAUUAUUUCGUUAUUACAUUUUUUUAUACUUACUGGGAGUAAAUAAUUUAAGGAUUGAUCAUCGAUUUUAUGGGUUUUGUUAUAGAAAAUUAUGUUUGCAUUAUGACCGUUAUUAUUUUAGGCCUAAUCUCUUGGUAUAUUUAUUGUAUUUGAUUAAUUUUCCGAAUGCAAGGGUGCAAUUUAGUUUAUUGCAUUUUAACAUUACCUCGGUUCUCCCUUAUUUUGGUUCGGCCGGCACGCGAAAGUCGUUUUUAUAAUCCUAAUUAAAUUCUUAGCUCUCGGUUUUGGUUGUGUUCUCCCAUGAAAUGGUCUCUCUUUUAGAAUAAUUCGGCGCGCGCAUAAUUUAACCCGGUAUUUACUACGAAUUCACGUACGUAUACCUGUAAUGACGUGUGGGCACGUAACAAUUUAUUAUAUAUAAUAUAAAUCAAUACACAAAAGUAUAAUAUUAAUUACUUGUUUUGCUCAAAAUCUGUAAAUGCUAAUUUUAGAUUUAGGGACACCCCCGUAUAUGCGCCAAUGGUGGGAUAUAGACGGCAAUUUAAUGUAUAUCUGUAAGCAACGAUUGAUAACGAUUGAUCAUUAUAAACGAAAAAACGAUUUUAAGUUCAUUUGAGUGUCGAUUUGUCAACAAUAUAAGUACAGUGUUUUUUUUAUUAUGAUAAAAAUUGCUGGUAUCUAUAAUAAAUAUUGACAUAAUUUGUAAAUAAUACAUAGAUGGUGUUAGUGGUUUUUCUAAAAGUAAGAAUGUUCGAGCUUUACUACUAGUUAAGACAUAUAUAAGGUAAAAGGCAAGGUGUAUUUUAAAAAAAAAAUACACCUUGGUAUAAGGUAUAUCUUAAUUCGUAACUCGUGCGUUUCAUUUAUCACACGUUUUUUCGAUAUUCUGAUAAUAUCCCCAUAUAUAUAUAAUAUAGAUAGCCGACUUUAGUAUUAUUAUUGUUGCCAAUAAAAUGGCCAUCCUUAUCUAUGAAGUGGAUGUUUAUAUUUCAUUUUUAUAUAUCUGUGAUAAAUGAUAAUAUCUUAAUCCGUAUCUUAAACUUUAUACUAUAGAGAAAGGGUUCUACUAUAAUUCUAUCAUUGAAAUAGCUUUAUAAAGGCAAAAACCACAAUGUUUUAUUUGCGGAAAAAUUCUCGCAACUGGAAGCAUGAAACCAGUAAAACUCAAAGAACAUCUUGUUUCGUUACAUCCUCUAUUUACUAACUCUUAUAUUAUUAGCAUUAAAAAUUAAUUUUUUUUUUUGAUGGGGUCCAUGGUUAUAGUUUAUACUUGAAAACCAUAACCAAAAAAGGUUAAGAAUCUAUGCCAUAGAUAAUAAUAUAAUAAUAGAUAGGCCAUGAGAAUAUAUCAUAUGAAAACGAACAUUUGUAUGGUUACAAGGAGUAACUAUGGUUGAAUCAGCCAUAGACUAUAGGGCUAUAGGACAUAUACAGAUAUUAAAACAUACCAUUACCUAAAUAUAUAUGAUAUAACAUGUAUAAAUGUUAAUAAAUAUUAAGAAAUAUUAUAAAUUAUUCAACAUUUUUCCAGUAUUCCUUUUCACUGAUCUGCCGACAUUUGUCGAGUAUGUAAAUAGUUUACAACUACCAUCUGCAGCUAUUAUGACUACAAAAGGAUUAGUUGCUUUUCCAUUCAUUUAUCACUUAUGUAAUGGUAUUAGACAUUUGGUAAGUUUUAUUACAUUAUACAUUUAAAAAAAAAUAUUAACAAUUUACUUUAAAUUUGAAUAAUACAUAUUUAAAUAUUUUUUUUAGGUAUGGGAUGCUGGUAAAUGUUUGACUAUUAAACAAGUAUAUACAACUGGUUAUGGUGUAAUAGGUACCAGUAUACUUCUUACAAUAUUAUCUCUAGUAUUUAGUACUUAAAGUGAAGUCAACCAUUUAGUUUUUGAUAAAAAUAAAACAAUAUUAAUCUUGAUAUAUUUUUAGAGUUGUUUUCAAAUAGUUUUAAUAUAUAAAAUAUAUUGAUUCAUACAAAAAAAAUAAAUCUAAAUUGUUUUUUGUAUUAUCGUGGACAUAUAUAUUAAAUAAACUGGUAUUUGGUGCAUAUCAUCAUCAAAUCAUUAACCAAUUUUAGUUUUCUACAAUUUGUAUUAAUUUGUCAUUUGUCCAUGUAUCUAUUAUAAUAAUGUAGACACUGUUG